CAGUGCGCAGGCGUAGUUGCUCACUGCCGCGCCCUGUGACGUCUGCUCAGUAAGCCAGCCCCCCCGCACUGUGGCGGAGGUCAGCAGAGUAGAGGCUCCGCGCGCUGUGCGGUCGUUCCAGCAAGGUGCGCGCGGGGCUGCUCUGGCUUGCCGGACCUGAGAUCCUUGAGCAGCCGCCAUGUCGAUCUUCACCCCCACCAACCAGAUCCGCCUCACCAAUGUGGCCGUGGUACGGAUGAAGCGCGCCGGAAAGCGCUUCGAAAUCGCCUGCUACAAAAACAAGGUCGUCGGCUGGCGGAGUGGCGUGGAAAAAGACCUCGAUGAAGUUCUCCAGACCCACUCGGUGUUUGUAAAUGUUUCUAAAGGUCAGGUUGCAAAAAAAGAAGAUCUCAUCAGUGUGUUUGGUACAGAUGACCAAACUGAAAUCUGUAAGCAGAUUUUGACUAAAGGAGAGGUUCAGGUGUCAGAUAAAGAAAGGCAUACACAGCUGGAGCAGAUGUUUAGGGACAUUGCAACCAUCGUGGCAGACAAAUGUGUGAACCCAGAGACAAAGAGACCAUACACUGUCAUCCUCAUCGAGAGAGCCAUGAAGGACAUCCACUACUCAGUCAAACCCAACAAGAGCACAAAGCAGCAGGCUUUGGAAGUAAUAAAGCAGUUAAAGGAGAAAAUGAAGAUAGAACGCGCCCACAUGAGGCUUCGGUUCAUCCUUCCCGUGAACGAAGGGAAAAAGCUGAAAGAAAAGCUCAAGCCAAUGAUCAAGAUUAUAGAAAAUGAAGACUACAGUCAACAGUUGGAAAUGGUGUGCCUCAUCGACCCGGGCUGCUUCAGAGAAAUUGAUGAGCUAAUAAAAAAAGAAACAAAAGGCAAAGGUUCUCUGGAAGUCCUCAGUCUGAAAGAUGUGGAAGAAGGAGAUGAGAAAUUCGAAUGAUCUUCGUCAGCUCUGCACCUCAAAACACUAAACCAGAUGGCUUCGCUGCUGACGGCACUUAUUUCUGGGAUUGGCCAAAAUGUGCUCAAACUAUUCAACCUUUUCCAUCUCAGAUUUAACGUCUACAUAAGUAUACUGUGGGAGUGAUUCAGUUUUAAUUGUAAGUUGGGGGUUUAGACAAAAGUAUAAAAAAGCAAGAAUACAAAGUGCAGAACAGCAUUUUGCUGCUGUCUUCUGCCCUCUGAGCUUUCCACAGUGAAAGUUGAGACACCUCUGGUGAAUAAAAAGUUAAAUUUUGUACCCUGUGUAAGUAGAACAAUUUGGGGGAUAUGUCUGUGAUAAAGGGAAUAUCUGGUGGAAAAGAGAACAUAUGACUCAUUUGUAUUUAAUGAAAUCUGCAUACAGGGUUAACUACUGUAUCAUGUGCUAAUAUAAACAUUCAGUGAUGACUUUCUGAUUAUCUGAAAAUAGAUACACUAUGUGCAGGACUUAAAUAAUUCCCAUUGAACAUGCUGCCAAAACUUAGAUUAUUCUUGGUAAAAUAUAGUCAUUUAUAGCUAAUUCUUAAAGUUUAUAAUAUAUAUUAAUAUAGCUAAAAUUAUACAUAACCAAUAAAAGUUGUUUUUAUUAAACUAUGGCUUAUUUUAGACACUUU